AUGCAACAUGACGAUCUUCUUAUGAUUAUCUCAUCCGCUCCAGGUAAUUUUCAAAGAAGGAAUCUUAUUCGCAAGACUUGGGCUUUCGAAAGAGCAUUUCGACCAAGAUGGACAACGGUUUUCCUCGUCGGCCAAACACGAGAUGAAGCUGUUUCAGUCACAUUGUUAAAAGAAGAUAAGGCUCAUAAAGACCUUGCGCGAGCUAGCUAUUACGAUCACUACUGGAAUCAAACCCGAAAGAUACAAAUGGGCUUCGAAUGGGCAGUAACGUAUUGUAAUUUCUCAUUUCUUUUGAAGCUGGAUGACGACGUGUUUGUGCAUAUUCCAAGAGUUCUUUCCUUUUUGAGUGCGCCCAACACGCCGAAGAAAAAGCUUUACGCUGGCAAUCAUUACACAAACAAUGUUCCUUUUAGGGGAGGAAAAUGGAAGGUAACUUACGAGGAAUAUAACCAGACAAGAUAUCCAGAUUUCUGCCCCGGUUUUGGUUAUAUCUUAUCUCACGACGUUGUAAGUACAUUUGUCGAAACGUUCUCUUCUUUUCCGUUCUUUCGACUGGACGAUGUCUACGUUGGCAUGCUUGCAGACAGGAACGGAAUAAGUGUCACGAACAAUAACGGAUUUGAGGUAGGGCAUCCACGAGGAUUUGUUUGUGUUCCAACAAAUUAUACUUUAGUCAGGCAUGAUGUAGGAGAAGAAUGCCAGAUGAAGAUGUUCAAGACACUCGUGUUCUCUGACUAG